UGUUUGAAAUGCAUGUGUGGAUGAUGUGGUGUUUGUGCUGCCUCAGCUGCCUCCGCGCACAUUGCUGGAGCUCAAACCUCAGCUGACGGACGCACGGCCGCUCUCCACACAGACUGUAGGAGCCGCGGUGGAGGAGGUGGAUGUGGAGGAAGAAAAAGAAGAGGAAGAUGUCAGUGGCAGCGAAGAAAGGAAUAAGUGCUAAAGCCGAGUCCAGAAAAUGCGCCAGGCGUUUUUGGAGGCUCUUUCCUCACCUCUUUCUGUGCCUGUCUCUGGUCGCAUACGCUGCGCUGGGUGCGCUCAUGUUCGACUACAUUGAAGGAGGGGGAGAGUCCACUAUCCAGCCGGACUACAGUGACUUCUUGAGUCAGAUUGUCAGGACCGUCCAGAACCUCACCGAUAACUCGUCCUGCACACAUGAGGACAUUCUGCAGACAGUGGACAAAACCAUGCGGAAAGGCUUCAAGUCCAAUUGGCUCCAGGGACCCGAGAGAUGGGACUUUUUUAGCGCCAUGUUCUUCUGCUGCACUGUGUUCACAACAGUUGGGUAUGGGGAGAUCUAUCCAGUGACUCUGCCUGGUAAGGUGGUAUGUGUGUUGUAUGCCAUGGUGGGUAUCCCUCUCAUGCUUCUGGUCAUUCUGGAUGUGGGAGACUUCCUUGCUCUGCUUAUGUCCAGAGCCUACAUCCGCAUUCAUACACUCUGCAAAAGCCUCCGUUCCCACACCUGGUCACCGUGGAAGGCUCGUAAGAAGGCAGCGGAGUCGAGCCACAGGGCCCUGGAGGACGGUACCUUUGUUUUCAGCCACGAGGUUGUGAUCCGUGAACCCCUCGACAUCCGGCAGGUGCUGCAUAGCCAGGCGGAUGUACGGCACAAGUCCAUCCAGCUCCAAAACAACAAAGAAAUCUUUGAGAAGAUUCUUGCCAGGGAGAAUUUACUCAGAAAGGGCCCUCUGCUCAGGACUCUCUCCUGCCCAGAGUUAGACCGGCUACCACCACCACAGAAACAAUAUGCCAUAUGGGACUUCACAGGGUUAGGGGAUGGAAUGGAAAUGCUGGAUGUACCCUUUGUGCUGAUUCUCUUCAUUGUGUUUGCCUACAUUUUCUUUGUUGGUUUGACUCUCCCACUGUGGGAAACUGAAUUCAAGGGCUUUGACCCCUACUACUUCUGCUUCAUCACGCUCACUACCAUAGGUUUUGGCGACAUUGUACCCAAUCACCCCAAGUACUUCAUGCUUACAUCACUCUUCAUUAUUGUUGGCAUGGCCAUCAUGUCCAUGGCUUUUAAGCUGGGCCAAACACGAAUUGUAAGCUGCUAUCGCCAAUGCAUCAAAUUCAUCAGCAGGGGAAAUGUGGAGACUUUUAGAAAUGAAAACAGUGACUAAGUCACCAAGAGAAUCUGCCUCAUUUCCUAGAGUUGUACAAGCUCACAGUCUUGGCUUUGAAACAGGCCCUAGACAGGAGUCUGUGGGAAUUCCAGGACAUUUGUCGAGCUGGUUGUUUGGUUGUAAGCAUGAGCAAAAUAAAAAAAAUGUGCAUGUGCCAAAUGCUUUUGCCCAAUGAAGGAGGGUAAUAUGCAAAAUGAUUCCCAUUAAGAGAAACCUCAAAUUCUGCAUAUCUAGAUACAGCAUCUUGCCAAGGAAUGACCAGUAGCUGUGCUGCAGUAACUGUACUGCUUUAAGUACUACAUAGGAUGCACACACGAGUGUUGUGUUUGCUUGUAAGUCAAAACUCUGGAUUUCUUGAUCCCUGCUAGAAAAAUCUAAUAAAGUACCCUUUAUGGUCA